UUCAGGAACAAUGACGCAAGCUACAGCGGCCGGAAGGAGCGCUGCGGGGAUGCCGGGAGUUGCGCGACUUCCGGCAGCGGCCGCCAUCUCGCCGUGAAACAGCAGGAGGUAGAGCCGCUGGAUGCUCUCGCACGCAACGCUGUACCCGGGCCCGGGCAGAGACCUGGCGAUGGAUCCUCCCUGUGCCGCGGGCCCUCUGCAGCUGCGCUUUUCGCCCUACGCUUUCAACGGAGGUACUAUAUUGGCAAUUGCUGGGGAAGAUUUCUCGAUUGUUGCUUCUGACACGCGAUUGAGUGAAGGGUUUUCAGUUCACACCCGGGAUAGCCCUAAAUGUUACAAACUAACAGACAAGACAGUCAUUGGAUGCACUGGCUUUCAUGGAGACUGUCUUACCCUGACAAAGAUUAUUGAAGCAAGACUAAAGAUGUAUAAGCAUUCCAAUAAUAAGACCAUGACUACGGGGGCGAUUGCUGCAAUGCUGUCUACAAUCCUCUACUCGAGGCGCUUCUUUCCAUAUUAUGUUUACAACAUCAUCGGGGGACUUGAUGAAGAAGGGAAGGGAGCCGUGUACAGCUUUGACCCAGUCGGCUCCUACCAGAGAGACGCCUUCAAGGCUGGAGGCUCAGCAAGUGCCAUGCUGCAGCCCCUGCUCGACAACCAGGUUGGUUUUAAGAACAUGCAGAAUGUGGAGCAUAUCCCACUGUCCUUGGACAGAGCCAUGCGACUUGUGAAAGACGUCUUCAUUUCUGCUGCUGAGCGGGACGUGUACACUGGCGACGCACUCAAGAUCUGCAUUGUGACCAAGGAGGGCAUCAGGGAGGAGACUGUACCCCUGAGGAAGGAUUGAUUUGUGUACUGUUUUCAUUAAUCAGUUCAAAACUGGUUGGCUUUAUACCCUGUAACUGUCAGACUAAUCUGUUGUAUUAAAAAAAACCUGAAGUA